GUCUUCUCCUGGCUUCACAAACUUGUGGUCCAUGCUUGGUGUGCACUCCCAGUGUGGGAAACAGUGACAUUCAGCAGCACAUCUGUGAAGACCCAAACCCUGCCACAACCCUUUUUGAUGGCUGAGGUGUCACAAGAGGAGAGACUCCAGGCCAUCGCUGAGAAGAGGAAGAAGCAGACAGAGAUUGAAAACAAGAGGAGGCAGCUGGAUGACGAUCGACGGCAACUCCAGCAUCUUAAGUCAAAGGCCCUGAGGGAGCGCUGGUUGUUGGAUGGAGCUCCAGCUGAGGAGGAGACACAGAGACGUCUGCAGGAUGACGAGAUGAAGACCAAACUUCUGGAGCAAGUCAUCCUCAGGCUGGAGCAGGAGAUAGAAGAGCUGGAGACAGGAGUUCCUGCUAAGAAAGGUGUGGCCAAAGAAAAUGGUGAGAACGGCGUGGUGCAGAACACCAAGAAGGAGCUGACGGGGGUCGAGGCCAAGCUGCUGGGACCUAGUCCAGACCAGGCCAGCGAGGAGAACCCAGUCACUCUGGUUUUCAUGGGCUACAAGACAGUGGAGGAGGAGCAGGAGAGCCGCACGGCCCUGGAAGGGGUGGACGGCAACGUGAAGGCCGAGUUCGUGGUGAUCGAAGACGGCGAGGGGAAGGCGGACGACGCGGCCACAGGGGAGCAGGCCCCGCCCAACGGCAGCAUGGCGGAAAAGGAGAAGGCCAACGAAAGUGGAGAGGCGGGAGAGAAGGAGAAGAAACAGACCUGCAAGUGCUGCACGGUCAUGUGAGCUCUGUGUGUGUGUGUGUGUGUGUGUGUGUGUGUGUGUGUGUGUGUGUGUGUGUGUGUGUGUGUGUGUGUGUGUGAGGACACACCUGCGCUCCUGCAGUGCGGUGUGCCCGUUGCAUGAGUCCGUAUUCUCAAAUGUAUGUAAGUGUGUGUUUGUGCGGCGGUGAGCGUCAGCACUGAAAAACAACAAGUCAAUAAACAAAGAAGGAGAGCCGAGACGAGCUCCAGCAGCCAGAACCACAAAGACUCAUAAGUACACUUCUUACUAUAUUUACUUUCUCUGUAUUUGUCUUUUGAUUUUUAUUGAUAUUUUUCUAUUUUUCUGUCCUUGACAUUUAUAUUGUAGCCUAUCCAGUGUGUAUAUCUUUAUUAUGGGACUGUGUACUGUUUGUUCAUCGUUCGUAUUGGCUGAAGGAAGAAAAAAAUUAAACAAAAAUGUAUUCGCUCUCUGGAUUGUACUGCUACCGAGUGGGGAAAAUCUGGAAACUUCAAAUCCAAAACUAUGAAAGACACAGAUGCUUAAAAAUACAUAUAUAUAUAUAAAUACAUAAAUAUAUUUCUGUGUGUAGGCCAACCAACUAUUUAUCAGUCAAUUUCAUAUUGCAAUAUUGUCUAAGAUAUUAUUUUAAUAGUAUUUUAAUAUAUUGAUAUGAAAUUAUGUUUUAUACAAUGUAUUUAUUGUUUUGCUGGUUUUUUUGUUUUGUUUUGUUUUUGUUUUGUUUUUGUCAUCUCAGACCAUUAACUGCAUGUAAGCUUUAGCACCAUCAGAGCCCCGCUCACAUGUCUGUGCUUUCUUAGACACGUAUGUUUAAUCACACGAGUCCUUCUGUCCAUAAUGGUGAAAUUGAAGCUGUGUUAAAGUAAUGCUUUAGUUUUUUUUUAAAGGAAAAUACACAACAAAGAGGCAAAUUCAACCACUGAUCAAGUCGCAGAUCACGUUAGCUUGUUGCUAGUUCACAUGUAUAUGAUCACAGCUUUUGUUUGUUGAAUAAGUUAGAUAGAAUUUAAGAUUUUUAAAUUUCACGACUCUGUUGUUGAAAAGGUUUGAAGUGACUGUUUGAAUGUUUUGAAGAGUUAUGUGGGGAUUUUUAACAGUUAACAUCUUACCUGUUGUAAAUGGCUUUUGAACAACCUCAGAAGAAAAUGAGUUUAUUUCUAAGCGGACUGAUGAGCUAAUGGCUAGUCUGAGUGGGGCUGCUAUGUGCACUUUUAGGAAUGCUUAUCACCCACUGCCUUUCAUGUCGUAGUUUUAGACUAAGAUCAUUUUACUUCAAGAAAUGACAGAUUUAUAUCCGAUUUAGUCUAACCUCCAAAAUAACCUUAUCCACAAUCUGUUAUGUCACGCUCCAAGUGUGUUUAUAAUGACUCUCAGCUUCUACCGCAACAUGUUACCACAAUAUUUGUAAAACUGACUUCUAUUAGAUCAUGUCGAUUGGUUGUGGCGGCCAUCUUGAACUGGAUUAGCUCCAAAAGAUAAUCGGUUCCAGAUUUACACCCAGUGAUUAAAGUUUCAUUAAAACCUGCCCUUGGGUUCUUGAGAAAUUUUGCUAACAGACAAACAGGGUUCACUCCAGCAUUUAAUGCUUGAGUUUAGACAAAGGUCGAGCACAAUGGGAGGCACUUGAACUAUGAGUUGAGAAUGGCUCUCAGCUACAGUCACACCAAAUUUUAGCUCAAUGUUUGUAAAACAAACUGAAUUAUACUGUUUUUUGUUUGUUUUUUAUUAUCAGUUGGCUGUGGCGGCCCUCUUGAACUGUGUUGACUUUAAAAUGUAUUUAAUUGUACAUAUAUAUCCAAUCAUUGCUUUCUGAAAGUUUCAAUAAAAUUAGUCUAGUUCAAGAGA